AUAACAGAUUGUUGGGUUAGUUACUGUGGCGCCACACAAAUUUUCUCGAACAUCACCACUCACAAACCAUGGCUGCAGCAGCUCAAGUCACUGCUUCUCUUUCCCACUCCAUUCACGCUGCUAGUGCUGUUGGCUCAUCAAGAACCCACCUUCCAAUUUCUCGAUUGCCUACUUUUACUUUUGCACGAAAUGGGACUACUUUCGCUACUGGGUCUCCAUUGUUGAUAUCAAGAACUUCUCAUCAGAAAAAGGCUGCUGGGAGAGCAACGUUUGUUUCUGUAAGAUGUGAGCAAAAUACCCAGGAUGGCAGCAGUGUGGAUGUAUGGAUUGGACGGCUUGCAAUGGUUGCCUUUGCUGGGGCCAUCAGUGUUGAAAUAGCUACGGGCAAAGGACUUUUGGAGAAUUUUGGACUCACAAACCCCUUGCCCACAGUGGCCUUGGCAGUAACUGGAUUGAUAGGUGUUUUGGCAGCUGUGUUUAUCUUCCAGUCGGCAUCUAAGAAUUGAUUACACUUAAGAUUGUGUUUUGUGAUCGUAAAGCUUGUGAUUCUGAAGAUAUUAGAAGUUACAUUUUUGUUCAGGUUAUAAUGUGGCAAUAUUUGAGAAUGUAAAAGUCAUGUCGAUCUUUAUUUAUUCAAAGCAUUUUCCUCCGA